GACGCUGAAGGAGGUAUUUGUAUACCUUGGUUCAUACUAGCGAAAUUCACAAAAGCAAAGAGUGAAAACCACCCAAAUGCUGAACAGGAGGUGAAUGGAUGAAGAAAACUGGCUGUGGGAUGGAUGGUGGUGAAGGUUACACCUCAAGGUGAAUGCACUGAGUGUCACAGAAUGCCAAAGGGAAAUACAAUUAAAAUGCUGCAUUAUAUAUUAAGUACAUUUUAGCUCAAUAAAAAUGCAAAGUGCAAGGGGAAACAGGUAUAUGUACAAAUAUUUAUUUUUCUUACACAGAGUAUAUGUUCUUAAAACCAUGCAGGUAUGCCAAUGUAUUGGUUUCCAAUCUACUGCAAAAUAGUAAACAACAAAGUAGAGUGCUUGUUUCUGGAGACCAUUAAUUGAAACGUAAUUGGAUUAAGUUGUUUAGAUUAGGUCACGCCUCCCACUGCCAUCCCACACAACUGCAUAAAAGUCAGCCUGGACAGGAAGCCUCCCUCAGAGGCUCUUGCCCAGGAGUCCUGGCUGCUACAUCACAUUGGGCUCCACUGCUCUGAGAACCUACUGACAGACAGCAGAUGAACGCCGCAUUUCAGGUUUGUAACUUUCACUAGUUUCUUUUUGCGAUUGGACUUUGGAGAAAUAGUACAGCAAAAGAAAUAGAUGAUGUUGUGGUUUUAGGUCAUGCGGUAGGGUUUUUUUUUUGUUUGUUUUAAUUGAUUUUCUUUGAAAAUAGGCCUAAAAUAUGUCAGUGAGAUGUCAAUUAUUUCACAAUAAUUGACAUUCCUAAGGAAAUAUACCCAGCCUCCUGACUUUGUAGGUAAACAGGUAAACAGUUUUGGAAAUCUGGUGGUUUUGUCCAUGGACAUGGAAGGCUAAAUAUCUCAUUGGUCCUUUGUUUCUACAAACAUUUCAUUGUGCAUUUUUUAGAAACUACAUAGAUGGUGGGGUUCCGGAGAUAAGGCAGUAAUUCAAAGACUGUAGACCAUAAACUUGCAGGUUAGCAGGGAAAAAUAUCAUUUGAGUGUGAAUUUGAGUUAGGAAAUUGCAUACGUUAGCAUCCAAAGUGACAGUUCAAAAGUUAAUAGGAAGGCAUGUUUGAUCGCUCAUUUUGAAAUUUGUGUGCUCCAGGAUUGUGGAUGAAAUUUUCUGUAGCUUCGAUUGUUUUGUAGCUCUUGGAAAAUACUGUCUUUCAUUUCAGGAACAGAGGGAAGUGCCCUAGGGCUUUUCAAACUCUUUGGAAUCAACCCUUCAAGGGCAAAAUCUAAAUUGACCGUUUCUAUGUGUCUGGCCUAAGGCAGGGCCCUGUUCUGGGGACAGGGAGUGAUGGGAGAGGAAGAUAACACAUCAGUUAAGGGGAAGCCUGUCUGUGAAGGAAGGAUUUGAGGAAGUGGUUGAUACAUCUUCCUUCUAGGGAAGAAGAUGUUGGGAGGAUGUUUUUCACUACGUGAAUUUAUAGUGCUCUUCACAAUUUCCUUUUGUCAUUCAGCGCAUCCAAAGGUGAACACCUGAGGAAGUGUGACCUGAAGCUGCCGGGAGAUGAGGCGGAUGGCAGGUCACUACCCACAGCCUGGGAACAACACACUCAGCAAAGCCCAGACCAUGAGGAAGCAGCAGAGGGGACGCUCAGGGCCCAAGGCUCCCCGACCCGAGGAGGAGAAUCCCAGGGUGAAGUGCAAGGACUGUGGGGCCUUUGGACACACGGCCAGAAGCACGAGGUGCCCCAUGAAGUGCUGGAAUGGAGCCCUGGAGCCACAGCCCUUGGGCUCCAACAGGGGGAAGGAGAACCUGCUGCCACGGAAGCUCCAGAAUCUCCAGAACCCAGUGGCCCUCAACCAGAGUGAGAGGGACAAGGAGCAGAGUCCAAGGCAGGAGCAGCAGCAGAGGAAGGCUGUCCUGAAGACGUCUCCCACGAGACCCCGGGGGAGGCAGCUGCAGGACUGGAAGGAACUGCCGCAACCUUGUGCCUACCUGAGGAUUCCGAGCAGACCCAUGCCGGUCUACACAGCCAAGAACAGGCCUCUCCUGGACCCUCUUCUUGGAAGUCACCCACAGGCCAAGGAUGACAUGAGCUCCACGUGCUCUUCAGUGUCUCCCAUGACAACGCAGGGACUGAGCACCUUCUCCAGUAGUGGACCAAAUAGAGGACAGGCAGGGGUUCUCACAGACAGCCCCGAGCCUGCAUCCAAGCAUUAUGGCCAGGACCCUCUGGCCUUCGACAAGCUGGCGCACAGCUCGGGUGCCCACUGCUCCCUUGGAGCUCCCCAAGCUGCCUCCAAAACCCCUGGCUUGGGAGAGGUCCUCCAGCCCCAGGCAGGAGCCAAGUGUCCUGCUCUGAUCUCACAGCCCUGCCCACCGCCUGCCACACGUAGGUCGGGCCAGGACUUCAAUCUCAGCAUCAGGGCACCAGGCAAGAGAUCUGCCCAGAGCCCCAUCCAGACUUGCCAGCGUCCCCAAAAGAAACCGAGACGCAGCCCCUUCCAGACCCCUCAGGAGAGUGCUCGCAGACCGGAGCUGCGCCCUCUGCAGGCAGACCAGCCUCCACCAAGAGCAGCUGGACUUGAAUCCAAAGUGUCACCUCAGUUGACCAGGAAGAAAGCAGCCCAGGUGCCCAGGGCUGAGCUGCAGCCUCCACAGCGCAGAGCUCUCCUGAACCCUGUCCAGGCCUGCACCGAGGCCCGUCUCCCGUCACCCAGCCCUGCUCCAGGCCCGCCCCUCAGGAUGGCCUUCAGGAGACUGGACAACGGACAGUGGAGCUCCAGCCUCUUGCCGGCUCCCUCUUCCCUGCCCGCUGAGAAGCCAAGCCCUCCUGCUCAGAGCCCUCAAGUCCCAGAGAAGUCUGAGGGUCACUGUGCCCGGGUCCCACUGAGCGUCCUGUAUGAGGACCUUUGGGUUUCCUCCUCCUCUGGGGACAGUGACUCCGAGUGAGACACCAUGGGGAGAGAGGCUCGGCCUGUUCUGUGCUUGGGUCCAAAUGGCUAUCCUUGGGGGGGUGUCUGGGUGAUGCCAGGGAUCUGCGUCUCUGAAGCCCUGGCCUCUCCCGAGGGGGGAGUAUUUGACUCUGGAAGUUGCCAGGGGAAAGCAGGGUUGGGAUAUUUCUUCGCCUUGUACAUUGUAGUUUUCUAAUGGCACUGCACAAAAGUCCAUUUCCAGUUGGCUUCACUGUU